AUGGGCAAGAAAAGUAAAAAGGCCGUUGGGCCGCCGUUGCCCGGGAUACCCCGGCUGCCGGCGAACCACCCGAACUACGUGGAUGUGCAGCUUGAAGAAGACAACAUCGACUUAACGAAGCGCAUAGAAACGCUUGAGCGGGAGGUUCUCGUCAAGAAAAGGAUUGAGGAGGUAAGGAAACAAGAAUGACAGUUUUGCCUAUCGGAUGCUAGUUCUUCUACCGUACUAGUUCUCCGUACUGUUGAAGUUUUACGUUCACUAAGAUUUUGCUCUUAGGAUUUGCGAAAGACUUCAAGCCACGAACCCUCUCCUUGAAUCUUUUUCUGGUAUCCCAACAGAAUCUUCGAAGCUCGACGCUGCAGAUGCGUUCACGUUUAGACCAGAUGCAAGAUGAUCUGGGUCUAGAAAAGGAGACUACCUUCGCCGUAACCUCGAACAUGGCACGACAAUACAAAUCGAUGCAAGAAGACCUGAUACACAAGAUCAAUAGUACUACAACUUGACGAACUUGAACUUGAAGACAGAUGCAAGUACAAGUUGUUCUUUUUCAUUCAUUAUGCUCCUUCUUCUAGACCGCAGAGGAAGUCGGGUAGAGUAGGAGAAUCGUCAGUUGACGCGAUGGCUUUUAAUAUUUCUCCCACUCUCUCCUGCCGAUAGGUUUAGAAACGACGCUGACGGAGCAACGGGAGGAGAUCGAUAUGAGUAAACACGAGCUGGAUGAGCUAAUCCGCGAUAAAACGGAUAUCAUCACACACAAAGAACGGGUAGUCACUGAAUUGAAGAACCGCAUGGACCAAAUGUGCGGUGAGUUUCACGAGAUGCUCUCAAUGACGCUAAAGCUCAUGAAGGUAUUUACGGGGUUGAAUUUGUUGGCUGCCGGGCCCGCUUUUCGAGGGGCUGCCGGGCGGGAAGGCCUCGAAGCGCCCACCUCUGACCCCUUCCCGCUUCUUGCCUAGGCCCUACAGUGCCACCAUGCCGGAGGCCGUUGAAGCACUGAAGGGCGGACGUGGAAGGCUUCCGAAUGUGGCAAAGGUGGCAAGGCGUGACCCCCUUGGCGUGUUGCCUGUACCCUCAAGGCUGGACCCCUUUGGUGUGUUUCGUGUACCCUACAGACGUGCCGAAGGUCGCAAGGCUGGACCCCCUUGGCGUGUUGCGUGUACCCUACAGACCUGGCGAAGGCGACAAGGCUGGACCCCCUUGGCGUGUUGCGUGUACCCUACAGACCUGGCGAAGGUGGCAAGGGUGGGCCCCCUUGGCGUGUUGCAUGUACCCGCCAGACCUUGGGGCGCCUCCUUUCUUUCGGCUCUUUUUGCCGUUCGUCUUCCCCCAGUGUGAUACGCAAGAGGCCACCACGCCACGGCUUAGAGCUUCUCGGCGGUCGUUCUGCUCCUGUUCCUCGUUCUCCUCUCGUUCCUCGUUCUGCUCUCGUCCCUCGUUCUUCUCUCCUCGCUCGUUCUGCUCUCGUCGCUCUUCCACCACUGUGCUGCACCACAGACCAUAUCACAGGGGGGGGCCUCCUUCCCUGGUGCAUUUAUAUUGGAGAAAAUUCAAGCAAGGACUGCAAAAAUCCGGACAGUAUUCAGCCUUUCUGGGCAUGAUGUGAAUCCGCAGAACACUCGCCGCGUGCUGCUCUUUUUUAAGGAAAACCCCUCCCCAAUUGCGGGCAAAGAACCGCGGGCACCGUCCAAAUCCCCGCGCCCCUCCAGAAUCCCCCAGCGCAGAUGUGCAGGCUGGUGCGGUGGACCCUGGAGGGGCGCUGGGAAUCACAUGAAACGAAACCAAAAGACAGAAAAACCAAGGGGAGGCAAGCCACGAACGUCGCUAAGCGGGGGGCUUCCAGGACUAGGGGGCGACAUUGGUGAGCUUUUUCGUGCAGUUCUUAGGUGACUCAGCGCCGUCAUAGCUACGUGCUGCAAAUGAAGAAGGUGCCACUGGGCUACUCUCCUCGCACAACUCAGGAACACAUGGCGGCGAAAUUGACGCAGGAUCAAUGGAACAAGCAUGAGGAAACUAUGCGCCACGCACAGUCAAAACUAGAGGAAUACACCACGAAAGCGGCAGCCACAGCCGCUUCUAGUGCAAAAUAGUCCUGCUCGUACGUGGGGAACUGGCAAACAACACACGACAUAGGAAGUAUGUCAGUGCGGCAUCUUUUGACGAGCGCUCCCGCUAGUAGCAAAAGCAGUGCUGUUGUGAAAGUCGAUCCUCGGUAGAUGUAAAGAACAUGAACAUAAAUAUUGCAAGCAAAUAACAAGAGCAACAAGUUUGGUUGCCGAAAAGUCGUUUUGGAAAGUACUUAGCCUUCAAUAGUGCAACGCAAGUUAGUAGAUGAUAUCACCUCGUAAAGGUAUCGGGCCUAAUAGCACACAAUCAUGGUUGAAUUGUUAUUGUUGUAGUAUUUCGACCUUUUGCAAAAACGAGCUAAAAUCUGAAGAAGUGUCCCAUGAUCGUGCUAAAGAUUUCAUUUGGCAUCCGUGAUCCCCACUCCAUUCAUGACAAGCCGUGUCUUAUCAGCCACAUUUGAGACACUGUGUUCUUACGCGAGAGAUGAGCUUGAGUUUGCUCUUAAUCCGAUAUUAAAGACGAAUCAUGGCGGGUCUGAGUGUGAGAGAACCGAGAAGGUCACAGGUC